AUGAGAUCCUACUUAUAUCUAGUGAUUGGCCUUGCGCUCAUCCUCUUCUUCGACGCAGCAACAGCCAGCCGGAUACCCUUGGACCCGCGCCAAGAUGAGAGUGCUCUCACCGAGGCCGCUCCAGGAGCAACGACUACGGCAUUGGAGUCUUCACCAGUACCCGCAACAGUAAAAUCAGAAGAGACAUCCGCGAGGGAGACAAGCACUGAACGACAGACUGAAGCCUUGACCUCGAGUUCGGUGAAUAAUACGCAAACUGUUAGUGGAACGUCUACUCCGCAUACCACUUCGACUGCGCCGGUACGGCUCCCCAUCCAGCCAAAAAUCACCCCAGCCAUCGGCUUGGCUGGAGCGAUAUUGUUGAUAUCUGGCGCUGUAUAUGCUGUCACUGGCAUCAGAAACAAACUGCUGUAUAUCUCUUUCUCUUCCGCUUAUUUAGCCAGUCUAGCUGUGACAGUCCUUAUUGUCUAUCUUAUGACCCCACCAGUCUCGGAUGCCGUGCAGGGUGCUUACUUCGUAGCGGCUUUCAUGACCGGCGUAGUCUUCGGAGCCAUAUCACUCGUCUUCUCCGAUAUCACCGAUGGCCUUGGCUGCCUUCUAGGAGGCUUCUGUCUCAGCAUGUGGUUCCUUACCGUCAAAGAAGGGGGGCUCAUCAAGUCGACUCCUGGCCGUGCCAUCUUCAUUGGUUGCAUGAGUGUAGCGGCAUUCGCAGUCUCAUUCAGCCAUUAUACGAAAACGUACGGGCUAAUCAGCCUGAUGUCAUUCGCGGGGGCUACCGUCACGGUUCUGGGAAUCGAUUGCUUCAGCCGUGCUGGGUUAAAGGAAUUCUGGCUGUACUUGUGGGGCCUCACUCCAGACAGCUUCCCUCUUUUCACAGACACGUACCCGCUCACCAGAGGUAUCAAGGCCGAAAUCGCCGGCAUUGUCCUGCUAACUGUUUUCGGUAUCGUCUCGCAAGUCAAGCUCUGGAACAUCGCCAGACGUCAAGAAGCAUAUGAUGCAGCCGAGCGAGCGGAAAGGGACCGCACCGCACGAGAGGAAGAGGAAGAUGUCGCGCGAAGGCUUCAGGUAACGUUGAAGCAUGGGCUGGCGAAGUGGGAGAAGAUAUACGGCAAGGAUGCUAGACCCCGCGACUCUGUUAUUGAGCCUUCGAAUAAGGGCUCCGACAAAAGUUCUGCGAGCACGUCGGAGAAGCAAAUUUUACAUUCGAAAUCCGUGGAGUUGAAGAACUUGCCAAACCGGCACCGGAGCAGCUUGAGGGAACAAGGUUCAGGCACGAAAAGCGAAACUCAGCGGAUUGGGCCAUCGGUCAUUGUAACAUACGUGAGCGAAGAAGAUGAUGAGAUCCAGGCCAUUGACAUUCACGACCAACCG